AAACAAACAAUGGAAAUACGUGUCAUGCACACAUGUUGAAGGACCUAGUUACACUUAGGAACAAUGAGCUUGCAUAUAUGAAAUGAAAGUUAAUGGCUAACCAAAACAAUUUUAAGACAAUAAUGUUUAUCCUGUUUAUAUUUAUUUUAAGUAUUUCGUCAGUAUUAGGCGAUAUAGAUGGUUUGUAUUCAACUGAGGAUGACGUUCUUUCGUUGAAUAACGAAACAUUCAACCAAGUGAUGGAAAGUAAACAAGGCAUUGUGUGGGUUGUGGAGUUUUAUAACAGCUGGUGUGGUCAUUGCAUACAUUUUGCACCAACAUGGAAAAAACUAGCCACCGAAAUGAAAGAUUGGGGGGACAUCAUUGUGAUAGCUGCAAUUGACUGCUCACAACAAAAAAAUCUGGGCACAUGUCGAAGCUUUGGCAUUGAUGGUUAUCCCACUAUACUGAUUUUCCCGCCAGUUUUCAACUCGUCCAGAAAAAGUCUGGCGUAUGAAAUCAAGUCAACUAACUUGCCUCCAAUCAAAGAGGAGAUUCUCAAAGUCUUGACCCAGUACCCCACAGAUUCCUGGCCCCAUCUAGAACCUCUGAUAAAAAUUGAAGAGAUCUGGCAACACAAGAAAAGUCACCACAAACACAUUCUGCUGAUAUUUGAGGAGAAAGGUUCUCAUGUGGGGAAACAGGUGAUGCUGGACGUGAGGAAGGUGACCAGUGUGCUGGUCCAGAGCAUGGUCAAGGACAGCGUGGAAAAGUUUGGCAUCAAGAAGUUCCCCAGCCUGUACAAGGUGAACAACGACUCCACCUACAAGGUCAUGGCCGUUGGUAGCCACAACAACGAGGAGGACAGGUACCUGUUUGUUAAAGUCAUCAGGAGCCUGGCUGAUGUGGGGAGUAUUGGGAGCAGAGGUCAAAUGCCAGAGGUCAGCAAUCAUGGGGGCAUGAUGGGAAGUAAGGACAAACAAGACCAGCCAUCUAAAGUAAAGGCCAACAGCUCAGUGGUCAGCAUGCAGGACCUGGAGUCUGCCAUCCACUAUAGCUUUAGGCAGGAAGUGGCCAUCAUGAAGGUCAUUGACAGCGAGAAGCUGGCCGCACUCAAAGACUUUGUCAGUGUCCUGGCCAAGUACUUCCCUGGACGUAAGCCUGUGCUAGGUUUCCUGGGUCAAGUGGUGCUCAUGUUGAGCAAGCUGGACAGGCAAAACUUGACCGGUGAAGAAUGGAUGGGUAAAAUAGAUGGCAUCCAGGAUCAAGACAACUUUUUACCAGACGUCAUUAAGUGGCAGGCCUGUCAGGGCAGCUCCGCCCAGUACAGGGGAUUCCCCUGCAGUAUGUGGACCUUGUUCCACACCCUGACUGUUGCUGCCUAUUCCCAGAAUCAAGCAGCAAGACAGAGCAAUCCUCAAGAAGUACUUCUGGCUGUCAGGGGCUACAUGAAACAUUUCUUUGGCUGUAAAGAAUGCUCCAUCAACUUCCUGCAGAUGGCCCAGUCAGUGCCAGAGGAAGUCAGAGACCAUAAAGGGGCUGUCUUGUGGCUGUGGACCGCCCACAACAAGGCCAACAAGCGUCUCCAUGGUGACGUCUCAGAGGACCCCAAGCACCCCAAAGUCCAGUUCCCUCCAGACAGUCUGUGCCCCAAGUGUCAGACCAUGACCCAGUCCCCAAGCGAGGGCAUGAAGCUGUCCUGGGACCAAGAGCAGGUCUUCACAUUUCUCACCAGCUUCUACUCAGCUAAAAACAUCGUCUUCCCCCUAACUUUACAAAGCUCAGCUGAGGCUUUAGAAGCUGAACAAGGGGAUGACGACAAUGCCAAACCAUUGGACACACCUUUAAAAGAACUAGACUGGUGGGAAAAGAUGCAGAAGCAAGACGAUUUGAAAAAUGUCUGGCUUUUGAAAGAGAAGUUGGAUCGGCGUCGAGGGUCAGUGGGCAGGCUGGGAGAAGAGAGGGAGAUCUCGUAUGCUCUGAGGAGUGAGAGAAACUUUCUCAGCACUUGGGGUCUGACCCAGACAGACCUGAGCAUGUGUGUGGUCUUCUACGUGGUCAGCACUGUGUUGAUCAUCCUACUCUAUCACCACUUCAUUGUCAGGCGACGCAUGAUUUCAUGUAAAAAUUCCAAGAGUUUUAUUUAAAAUCGUUUAGGCUGUGUAUGGUAUCGUGUUUUAGAUGUUUGUUAUUUUAUUUACCUAAGAUGGUAUGUGAAAACUUCCAAAUAAUUUUAAAAAUGUUUGUAUUUAGCAGUAGCUAUCAAGCUGUGUGUUUGCUUUGUUUAAGGGACAUUCUUUUUUAUUUUGGUGCUAAUAAUCUAGUAACACAGUUUUUUUUAAAUUUAUUUUAUGGUGGCAGAAGUCAUACAUGAUUUAGCAUAAUCUAGUGAUGGGGAUUAUGUAUUCUACUAAUCCCGACUUUCUGGAUAGUGACUCUGAUGGUGAUGAGAUGAAGUCACCAAAUGGUGCCACACUCAGCUGUAGGUGAUAGCCUUGAGUGUUACCUACUGUGUUGACCUGUAGGUGAUAGCCUUGAGUGUUACCUACUGUGUUGACCUGUAGGUGAUAGCCUUGAGUGUUACCUGCUGUGUUGACCUGUAGGUGAUAGCCUUGAGUGUUACCUACUGUGUUGACCUGUAGGUGAUAGCCUUGAGUGUUACCUACUGUGUUGACCUGUAGGUGAUAGCCUUGAGUGUUACCUACUGUGUUGACCUGUAGGUGAUAGCCUUGAGUGUUACCUAUUGUGUUGACCUGUAGGUGAUAGCCUUGAGUGUUACCUACUGUGUUGACCUGUAGGUGAUAGCCUUGAGUGUUACCUAUUGUGUUGACCUGUAGGUGAUAGCCUUGAGUGUUACCUACUGUGUUGACCUGUAGGUGAUAGCCUUGAGUGUUACCUACUGUGUUGACCUGUAGGUGAUAGCCUUGAGUGUUACCUAUUGUGUUGACCUGUAGGUGAUAGCCUUGAGUGUUACC